AGUCACCCUCAAGGCGUUUAUGUCACUGGUGCGCGUGGGUCCCUCCGUCUGCCAUCAGCUCAGCCUACCUGCUGAGCAAGAAGAGCGAGGACACACUGUGACCUGGACCUGGUCCUUGUUGGAUGAGAGGAGUGUGAAGCGGUGAAAACUUACUGCCAAAAGAUGUCUCACCAAACUGGAAUUAUUGCAACAUCUGAGCUGAAAGAUUUUUUGGCCCGAGCGAGGGGAGGUGCCAUCAGAAUCCUGAAGAUUAUUAUCAGAAACGAGGAAUUGGUGCUACAUUCAUACAAAGAACCAGCCCGGAGCUGGGACAAGGAUUAUGACCAGUUCCUGCUUCCUCUGCUCACGCCUCUGGAGCCUUGCUACAUCCUCUACCGCCUGGACUCCAAGAACGCGCAGGGUUAUGAGUGGAUCUUCAUCGCAUGGUCACCUGACCAAUCACCAGUGAGGCAGAAGAUGGUGUAUGCAGCGACUCGUGCCACACUGAAGAAAGAGUUUGGAGGAGGUCACAUCAAAGACGAAGUAUUUGGGACAGUGGAGGAAGACGUGUGUUUCCAGGGAUACAUUCGCCACAGGUCCUCCUGCUCCUCCCCAGCUCCUCUCACAGCAGCUGAGCAGGAGUUACAACGAAUUAAAAUCACAGAGGAUAAAGUUGUGUGGGAUGAACGCAGACGAAUUGGGACUCCGACAGCAAGAGCAAGGGUAACAAUGGAGUUUGGCUUGGACAAACGGGCACAGACUCUUCAGGGUCUUGCGUUUCCUUUACAAGAAGAGGCCAAACGAGCUCUGCAGCAACUCAAGCAUAAACGCAUCAACUACAUCCAGCUGAGGCUGGAUGUAGACAGAGAGACCAUCGAGCUGGUUCACACUAAACCUACAGAAAUCCACGAACUUCCCUACAGGAUUCCCACAGAUUCACCUAGAUACCACUUUUUCAUCUUCAAACAUUCCUAUCAGGGCCAGCAGGAGGAAGCUCUGGUGUUUAUAUACUCGAUGCCUGGGUACACCUGUAGCAUCAAGGAGCGGAUGUUAUACUCCAGCUGUAAGAACAGGCUACUGGACGAGGUGGAGAGAGACUACCAGCUGGAAGUCACUAAAAAGAUGGAGAUAGACAGUGGUGAUGGUCUGACAGAAGACUUCCUGUAUGAGGAGGUGCACCCCAUGGAGCACACUUUAAAGCAGGCAUUUGUCAAGCCCCGUGGCCCGGGAGGGAAAAGGGGCAACAAACGCCUCAUCAAGGGUGCUGGAGAAAACGGAGAAGAAAAUUAGACAUUACACACAUUUGCAUAACACAAGCACACAACACGAUAUCUAAGAAUUGACUUGUUAUUUGAUUUGAAUUUAUUCAUGUCUAGUUUCUUAAUCUAAUCGUUUUUUAAAGGGGAUGCAUCAUCAUCAUGAAACUGUAAAUUCUUGUUAAAAGUCAUUUUAAAUCAUGCAGCAGACAUUAUAAAACUUACAUUCCAUUGUAGGUUUUCAAUGUGCAGCCUCCUCUCUGUGUAAAGCUCUAAAAAUAGACAAUAGCAACAUACAAUAACAUGUAAAAGUCUUGGGCCACACGUCAUUUCUUUAGAUUUUGGUUGGAAGGAGUCAAGCUUUCUGCAGGUCUUUUAUAGUUUUUUUCUCUCAACACUGAAUGCUUUUUCAGUUAUUUUGCGUCCAGUCCUUGACCAUUUUCAGGAGAUUUUUUUUACUUAUUUGUUAAGACUCUUAACACUGACCUAUGAAUCAUUUGAAUCAUUCAAAUAUAUAAUUAAAAAAACGUAAGGAGUAAAACAGUUUUGUUUUACAACAACAAAGAACUGAUUUCUUUAGUUCAAAUCUAUGAAAGACAUGCUUAAUAGGCAUAAAGCAACCUGAUUCUCAAAUAGCUUUUAGCCAAAAUCUUGGCUUAUCUCAACAUGGUGUGCAGUGUGUCUGUAAAAACGCUGAUAAAGCGGAACAAGUGGAGGAUAAAUGUGGCUUAAAAACUUCUUUAAAACUAUCAACAGCAGAUGAACAGUCUCUGAAAUUCAGGUCCUGAAGAAGUGGGAAAAAAUCCAACAAAGACCUGAAACAUGACCUGAGAAAUGCAUCUGGCCCUUCAGCUAACCUUUCUACUGUUCACUAAAACCUCAUCACAAAUGCUCUCAAUGGAGGGAUGGGCAUCAAGAAAGGAUUCUUAAGGAAGGGACACAGGGAGAAAAGGCUGACAUAUGCCACAUUACACAAGAACUGGACAAAAAUCAGUGACAACAGGUCUAAUGGAGUGAUGAAUGUAAGUGUAAUAUUUUGUUCAAAUCAUUGAUACGUAGUAAUGAAUAGCAUUAUGUUUCUUGUUAUUGGACAUGCACAGUGGAUCACUGCCAGUCAAGGAUUGGCCUCUCCAGAGCCCAGAUCUGAUAAUUAUUAAAGCAGUGUGUGAUAAUGUUGACAGAGAACAGAACAAAAGGCAGCCAACAAAGAAAAAAGCUGAAUGUCCUCCCGAACUAUUUCCGAAUACUACUUAAAGAAAAUACAGAAAAAAAAGAAAAAUACUAGAGUUUAGACUGUGCUGAAGAAUUUGGAAAUUGGUCACAUAAAUUAUUGACUUUCAACCUCAUUAUAAUCAUACAGACAUUGUUUUUGCCUUAUAUACCGGGGCGAUCGUGGCUCAAGAGAUGGGAGUUC